AUGUAUUGGGUCUCCGGGCAUCGAUCGCAGAAGCUAAAGACUAAAGAUAUUCGCCCUUACCAAGCAGCUCGGAAAAGGCUAAAGGGCGCAGGGGCUCCCCUAACGGAGACUCUUGAGCCCGCCUUGCUUGAUAGGGUGAUUUCGGGGCUUUUCCCUCUGCCUCCGAACAUCGUCCCUCCGAGAAUGGUGACCUCGGUGGUGGAUGGGGACGUCGAUAGAGAGCAAGCUCCUGAGGUGACUGACUCCGAAAUAGAGUCCAUACUUUGUCGCCUGAAGAGCAGAAAGAAGGCACCAGGCCCAGAUGGCUUGCAUGCUAGGGUCCUGGCGGUAACUUUUCCUUACAUGGGGGAAACCAUUCGGGGUCUGUUUGACUUAUGUUUACGUAGUGGACGGUUCCCGACGGCAUGGAAGGAAGGCCAAUUGUGUCUCAUCCGAAAAGAAGGUCGUGCGCCGAACAGCCCUGGAGCUUACCGGCCCAUAAUUCUCUUAGACGAAGCUGGUAAGGCGUUGGAGUGGAUUAUUGCCUCUCGUUUGGGCCGUCACCUCUCGAUCGUGGGGCCGGACCUGGACGAGGCCCAAUAUGGCUUCCGGGCUGGACGCUCUACGAUCGAUGCUCUCAUGGACCUAAAACAGUACACCAAGAGAGUAGUCGAGCGGGGUGGGAGGGCGUUGGCAGUGUCUCUUGACAUUGCUAAUGCCUUUAAUAGCCUUCCAUUUGGCGUGAUCAGGGAGGCCCUUGAAUUUUUCGGGGUUCCCCUGUACUUGCGCCGAAUAGUAGGGAGCUAUUUGGAAGGACGACAGGUGGCAGUUGUGAACGGACAGGGUUAA